AUGGCUCCGAGGGAGAAGGCAGUUGCCGUCAAGCCUAGCGUCGGUAACGUGAAGGAAGUGCAUUUUAGAGGAGUGAGGAAGCGGCCAUGGGGGAGAUAUGCCGCUGAGAUCAGAGAUCCCAGUAAGAAAAGCCGGGUUUGGCUUGGAACCUUUGAUACCGCGGAGGAGGCGGCUCGAGCCUACGACAGCGCCGCUAGAGAUUUCCGCGGCGUUAAGGCCAAGACCAAUUUCCCUUUGCCCUCCGAUGAUCAGCUUCUUAACCUUAACAAUAAGAUUAACAACAUCAACAAUAAUCAGAGCCCGAGUCAGAGUAGCACGGUUGAGUCCUCUAGCCGGGAGCAAGCUCUGAUGGUUGAUUCCUCCCCUUUGAAUCUCAAUCUAGGUCACGGUAUUGGCGGACUCACGAACGCUGGACCCAUCAGUUUCCCAUUUCAGCGUUACCAAAUUCCCAUGAUCGGAGAAGUUUUUACCCGCGGCAUACCGCCUUCGAAUCACGUUCUCUAUUUCGAUGCGGCUCUACGUGCUGGAAUGAUCAACAGUCAUCCGAACCAACGGCUACACUUCGACCGUAUUCGCGAAGCGGUGAGUGAUUUCCGACGCGAGUUCGCCGGCAGCGGUGUUCAGAGCGACUCCGAUUCCUCCUCCGUUGUGGACAUGAACGGUCAAGACCUCAAGCCCCGAGGAGGAAGUGGCGGCCGCCUUGAUUUGGAUCUCAACUUUCCCCCACCAGAAUCCGCCUGA